AUGGCGACCCAACAGCAGAUCGCCCUCGAGCGACUUGACAAUCUUGUCAGGGACUUGAGGUCUCGAUCCUCAGACGAAGUCAGGAAGCGUGCAGCGCUGCAGCUUAGAGAGCUGGUGCUAGUCUGUCAUCGAGACCUUCCCCUCGAUCAAUUCAACACCAUCUACGGUCAGGUCAACAACAAGAUCACCCAGCUCAUCUCCCACGGAAAUGACUCUUCCGAACGCCUGGGCGGCGUCUACGCCCUCGAUGCCCUCGUCGAUAUUGAAGUUUCCGAGCAAUCGACAAAAAUGUUUGCUCGCUUCAACCAGAACCUCAAAACCAUCCUGCGCGGCAAGGAUAUCAACCCCAUGCAGGCCGCCGCGAUCGCUCUGGGAAAAAUGUGCCGGCCAGGCGGUUCUAUGAUAAGCGAGCUGGUCGAGUCCGAAACCCAGAUGGCCCUCGAGUGGCUGCAGAGCGAAAGAGUCGAGGAACGUCGAUACAGUGCCGCUCUUGUCUUGCGCGAGCUUGCCAGGCAGGCACCUACACUCAUGUACAACUAUGUCGGCUUGGUCUUGGACCUCAUCUGGAACAGCUUGAGAGACAAUCGCCACCUCAUCCGCGCCACCUCCGCAGAAACCGUCGCCGCAUGCUUCCGGAUCAUUAGAGAGCGAGACCAGGAACUCAAGCAGACGUGGAUGGAGAAGGCUUACGCCGAACUUAUGCGCGGGCUGCAGCACGGCACCGUCGAGUACAUCCACGCCUCUCUUCUUAUGUUGAAGGAGCUUCUGGAACAAGGCGGCAUGUUCAUGCAGGACCACUACCCUGAAGCCUGCGAAAUCGUCCUGCGUUACAAGGACCACCGCGACGUCACCAUCCGUAAGACCGUCGUCUUACUUAUCCCAGACCUCGCGAGCUACUCUCCCGCAGAGUUUGACCGAAGUUACCUCCACAAGUUCAUGGUUUACCUCUCUGGUAUGCUGAAGAAGGACAAGGAGAGGAACGACGCGUUUCUUGCUAUCGGCAACAUCGCAAACUCGGUCAAGAGCGCUAUCGCCCCGUAUCUCGACGGUGUUAUGACCCACGUCAGAGAAGGGCUAAGCUUGGCAGCUCGCAAGAGAGGUUCGGUCGACGCAGUCUUUGAGUGCAUAAGUCGCCUCGCUGUUGCCGUUGGCCAGACCCUCAGCAAAUACAUGGAGGCUCUCCUCGACCCAAUCUUCGAAUGCGACCUGACACCAAAACUGACGCAGGCCCUCGUCGAUAUGGCUUUCUACAUCCCGCCGGCCAAGGAUACCAUCCAGAACCGAUUGCUCGAUAUGCUCAGCAUGGUCCUUUGUGGAGAACCUUUCAAGCCCCUGGGAGCCCCUCACCCAAACACUCUUACAGCUGUGCCCGCUGUUCCCAAGGAUUCAAAAGAUCCUUUGGCCUACGAGCAUCGCAAAGCAGAGGUCAAGCUUGCACUCAACACCCUUGGCAGCUUUGACUUCACGGGACACGUUCUCAAUGAGUUUGUCCGUGACGUCGCUGUGAAGUACGUUGAGGAUGAAGAUCCAGAAACAAGAGAGGCUGCUGCUCUUACUUGCUGCCAGCUUUACGUGCGCGACCCCAUUGUCAACCAGACUAGUUAUCAUGCACUGCAGGUCGUUGGCGAUGUGAUAGAGCGAUUGCUUACUGUGGGCGUAUCGGACCCUGAGCCGAAUAUUAGACGGACAGUCCUUGCUGCCCUCGACGAGCGUUUCGAUAGGCAUUUGGCCAAGGCAGAGAACAUCCGCACCUUGUUCUUUGCCCUCAACGAUGAAGUCUUUGCCAUCAGAGAGGUUGCAAUCUCGAUUAUUGGUCGUCUUGCCCGAUACAAUCCGGCAUACGUCAUCCCCUCUUUGCGCAAGACCCUUAUCCAGCUUCUUACCGAGCUUGAGUUCUCUGAUGUUGCGAGAAACAAGGAGGAGAGUGCUAAGCUACUCAGCUUGUUGGUUCAAAACGCCCAAGGACUGGUCAAGCCAUAUGUCGACCCAAUGAUGUCCGUCCUCUUGCCCAAGGCCAACGACCCCAGCGCUGCUGUGGCUGCGACAAUCCUGAGGGCCAUUGGCGAGCUUGCCACUGUCGGAGGCGAGGAAGUGUUGCCAUACAAGGACAAGCUGAUGCCCCUCAUCAUUGAAGCUCUACAAGAUCAGAGCUCAAACAACAAGCGCGAGGCUGCCCUGCAUGCUCUCGGCCAGCUGGCCAGCAACUCCGGAUAUGUGAUUGAGCCUUAUCUGGAAUACCCGCAGCUCCUGGAGCUACUCCAAGGCAUCAUUCGAACAGAAGGCCAACGCGGACCUCUUCGACAGGAAACCAUCAAGCUGAUGGGUAUUCUGGGAGCUUUGGACCCCUACAAGUACCAACAAGUGGAGCAGCGUCGGCCGGAUGCUCAGAGACGUGUUGAGACCACGCAAAUGACGGACAUUUCUCUCAUGAUGACUGGUCUCACUCCAUCCAGCAAGGAGUACUUUCCGACAGUUGUCAUCAAUGCUCUCCUGCAGAUCCUCAAGGACAACUCCCUCUCGAGUCAUCAUGCAUCUGUGAUCGAGGCAAUCAUGAACAUCUUCCGCACCCUUGGCUUGGAGUGUGUGUCCUUCCUUGAUCGGAUCAUCCCCGCCUUCCUGGGUGUAAUCCGUGCCGCAGACAAAACUCGCCUGGAUUCGUACUUCAGCCAGCUGGCUACUCUGGUGUCAAUCGUCCGACAGCACAUCCGCAACUUCUUGCCUGAAAUUGUCGAGAUCUGUCAGGAAUUCUGGAACACCACGACCAACCUACAAUCGACCAUCAUGAGCCUGGUGGAGGCCAUCUCUCGUUCCUUGGAGGGCGAGUUCAAGAUUUACCUGGCAGGCUUGCUGCCUCUCAUGCUUGGCGUGCUGGAGAAGGACACCACCACGCGGCGCACGCCUUCUGAAAAGGUUCUCCACGCCUUUCUUGUCUUCGGAUCUAGUGCCGAGGAGUAUAUGCACUUGAUCAUUCCUGUUAUUGUCAGAACGUUCGAGAAGCAAGGGCAGCCCCCUCCGUUGAGAAAGCAGGCGAUUGAGACGAUUGGCAAGAUUACGUAUCAGGUCAACUUGAACGACUACGCCGCAAAGAUUAUCCAUCCCCUCACUCGAAUUCUCGGCAGUGGGGAUAUUGCCCUGCGGAUCGCAGCUCUAGACACGCUAUGCGCCUUGAUCCAGCAACUCGGCAAAGACUAUCUUCACUUCAUGGGCACGGUCAACAAGGUUCUCGCCCUGCACCAGAUCCAGCACCAGAACUAUGACUUGCUUGUCAACAAGCUCCAAAAGGGCGAGGUACUCCCGCAGGAUCUCGGCGGCGGUGACCGCUUUGUCGACCGGGUCGAUGAUCAGGCAGCCUUUGCGGAUCUGGGUGCGAAGAAGUUAGAGAUGAAUGCCAUUCAUCUCAAGCAGGCGUGGGAUACGAAGGGCAAGUCAACCAAGGAGGAUUGGCAGGAAUGGCUUCGUAGAUUCUCCACGACCUUGCUCACCGAAUCACCCAACCACGCGCUCCGUGCGUGUGCCGCCCUCGCUAGCUCGUACCUUCCGCUGGCCCGCGAGCUAUUCAACUCCGCCUUCGUGUCUUGCUGGAGCGAGCUUUACGAACAAUUCCAAGACGAGCUGAUUCAAAAUAUCGAGAGCGCCAUCAAGUCGGAGAACGUACCCCCUGAUCUGCUCGGCCUCCUGCUCAACCUCGCCGAGUUUAUGGAACACGACGACAAGGCCCUGCCCAUCGACAUCAGAGUUCUCGGUCGAGAGGCUGCUCGUUGCCACGCUUACGCCAAGGCGCUUCACUACAAGGAGUUGGAGUUCUUGCAGGACCAGAGCAGCGGUGCGGUUGAAGCUCUUAUUGUGAUCAACAACCAACUCCAGCAGUCUGACGCAGCCAUCGGUAUCCUCCGUAAAGCACAACUUUACAAAGAGGGGAUUCAACUUAGAGAGACGUGGUUCGAAAAGCUGGAGAGGUGGGAGGAAGCUCUUGCUUUCUACUCGAAGCGCGAGUCGGAAGUUCCGGAAGAUAAGCCCGUUCCUGUCGAGAUUAUCAUGGGUAAAAUGCGGUGCUUACACGCUCUCGGCGAGUGGGAAGCUCUUGCUGGUAUUGCAGGCACAACCUGGGCCAACUCGUCGCCCGACGUACAGCGCCUCAUUGCGCCGCUCGCAACAGCCGCCGCAUGGGGCCUCAGCAAGUGGGAUUCUAUGGACAACUACUUGCAAUCCAUGAAGCGGUACUCUACUGAUCGUUCCUUCUUUGGCGCUAUUCUCGCCCUGCACCGCAAUCAGUUUAGGGAAGCUGUCAAUUGCGUGCAGCAAGCUCGAGAGGGACUUGAUACCGAGCUCAGUGCGUUGGUUAGUGAGUCGUACAAUCGCGCGUAUCAGGUCGUCGUCAGAGUCCAAAUGCUGGCCGAGCUAGAAGAGCUCAUCGUCUACAAGCAGACAGACGACAAAAAGAAGGCGACAAUGCGGCGCACCUGGGAGACGAGACUCAAGGGAUGCCAGCGCAACGUGGAGGUUUGGCAGAGAAUGCUGCGCCUUCGCAAUCUGGUCAUUACGCCCACGGAGAACAUGCACAUGUGGAUCAAGUUUGCCAACCUUUGCCGCAAGUCUGGUCGCAUGGGCCUGGCCGAAAAGUCUCUGAAGUCAAUCAUUGGUGUCGAGGCUCCGCUGGAGACCUUGAUCCCUUACUGGAACGAGAGACAGCAGCCGAACGCCGCCAUGCCGCGAAACAUCCCAUCGCAGGUCAUCUAUGCUAUGCUCAAGUACGAGUGGGAAGUCGGUCAGCAGCCCGCGUUCCGUACCUCUGGCAUUGCUGAGCGCACUUUGUACUGCCUGCGCAAGUUUACAAACGACUCGGCGCACCGCUACGAGGCGACUAAGGCGCAUCUCACGGCACAGGCUCCCAAUGGAAUGGACUUGUCGAGUGACUACGGAUUCCCGCACCAGAUCGACCCCAGUCUGAUGAAUCCUCAGACUCAAAAGGCACUCUACGACCAGACCGUUCUGUUGGCCAAGUGCUACCUGCGCCAGGGUGAAUGGCUCAUCGACCUGAACAAGGAGAACUGGCAGUACGAGCACGUCCAGGAUAUCUUGACCUCGUACUCGCAGGCUACCAAGUACAACCCGCGCUGGUACAAGGCUUGGCACGCUUGGGCUCUGGCCAACUUUGAGAUUGUCCAGGCCUUGUCUACUCGUGGUGAGAGAACUGAUCACAUGGUUGUUGAGCAUGUGGUUCCGGCUGUCAGAGGCUUCUUCAAGUCAAUCGCGCUGUCUGCGGGAAGCUCUCUGCAGGACACACUCCGCCUUCUGACACUGUGGUUCACGCAUGGUGCCAGUGCCGAUGUUAAUGCCGCCGUCACUGAAGGUUUCACCAAUGUCAGCGUCGACACCUGGCUGGAAGUCAUUCCCCAGCUCAUCGCUCGAAUCAACCAGCCGACGCGCCGCGUUCAGCAGUCGAUUCAUAGCCUCCUCGCAGAUGUUGGUAGGGCUCAUCCGCAGGCGCUGGUCUACCCGCUGACGGUAGCGAUGAAAUCUUCGCAAAACACCCGCCGUUCGAGGUCUGCUGCUCAGAUUAUGGAUAGUAUGCGUCAACACAGCGCCAACCUCGUUUCCCAAGCCGACAUUGUCAGCCACGAGCUUAUCAGGGUCGCGGUUCUUUGGCAUGAACAAUGGCACGAGGGCCUCGAGGAGGCAUCGCGACUGUACUUUGGUGAUCAUAACAUCGAAGGCAUGUUUGCCACUCUCGAGCCUCUUCAUGAUCAACUCGAGCGCGGUCCAGAGACUCUUCGCGAGAUCUCCUUUACGCAAGCCUUUGGCAGAGAUCUCACCGAGGCUCGCGAGUGGUGCCGUCAGUACGAGGCCAGCAGAGACGUCAAUGAUCUCAAUCAGGCUUGGGAUCUCUACUAUCAAGUAUUCCGGCGCAUCUCACGACAGUUGCCCCAGCUCACUACGCUUGAGCUACCUUACUGCUCGCCCAAGCUACUGGCCGCCAAGGAUCUUGAUCUCGCUGUGCCUGGAACUUACCGCAGUGGUCAACCCAUUGUCCGCAUCAUGGAGUUUGAGGGUACCUUUACUGUUAUUAAUAGUAAGCAGAGGCCUCGCAAGCUCAACAUUAGCGGCAGCGAUGGUGUUUCAUACGCCUUUUUGCUCAAGGGCCACGAGGAUAUUCGCCAAGACGAACGAGUUAUGCAGUUGUUCGGUUUGUGCAAUACCUUGUUGGCGAACGAUUCUGAAUGUUACAAGCGUCACUUGAACAUCCAACGAUACCCGGCUAUCCCGUUGUCACAAAACUCGGGUCUGCUGGGUUGGGUGCCCAACAGUGACACUCUUCACGUGCUAAUAAGGGAAUACCGUGAAAGCAGGAAGAUUCUCCUUAAUAUCGAGCAUCGCAUCAUGCUCCAGAUGGCUCCCGACUACGACAACCUCACUCUCAUGCAGAAGGUUGAAGUGUUCGGCUAUGCACUGGACAAUACUACUGGCCAGGAUCUCUAUCGGGUAUUGUGGCUUAAGAGUAAGAGUUCAGAAGCAUGGCUGGAGCGCCGCACCAAUUACACACGCUCUUUGGGCGUCAUGUCGAUGGUUGGAUACAUUCUCGGUCUUGGUGACCGUCAUCCGUCCAACCUCAUGCUCGACCGCGUAACAGGCAAGAUCAUCCACAUCGACUUUGGCGACUGCUUCGAAGUGGCUAUGAAACGCGAGAAGUACCCAGAGCGUGUGCCGUUCCGACUGACCCGCAUGCUCACCUACGCCAUGGAAGUCAGCAACAUCGAGGGAAGCUUCCGUAUCACCUGCGAGCAUGUCAUGAGAGUCUUGCGAGACAACAAGGACAGCGUGAUGGCUGUCUUGGAAGCGUUCAUUCACGAUCCUCUCCUGACCUGGCGCCUUACUAAUGCUGCCAGUCCGGCGGGACCUAACUUCCGAUCUGAACGCGAGACUUCGCUUGCUGGCCCGCAAGCUGCCAGAGCACGCCGUCCCUCUGUUCUCGACGCAGACGUGGCGCCGUCGGAGCUGCUUGCCACAGGAGAUCCCGGUAUGCCCGGGGGCCCUGUCGCGCGCUCCCGGUCAAGAACAAACUCAUCAAUGGCACACGAGGGCAGUGUUGUUAAUGGCAACAACGGACCGGACCCCACCGAAAUCCAGAAUGCUCGGGCCGUCGAGGUGCUCGAUCGCGUCUCUCAGAAGUUGACUGGCAAGGACUUCAAGCCGAACGAGGAGCUUGAUGUAAUAAACCAGGUCAAUAAGCUCAUCACGGAGGCGACAAAGUUGGAGAAUCUCUGCCAGCACUACAUAGGAUGGUGCAGCUUCUGGUAA